CUUAGGUAACUGUCGAGGUGUGAGAAAAUGAGUGGCUUUGUAAAUAAAUUAAGCAGUGUGGCAUUAUGUGUAUUAUUGUUUUUUUGUUUUCGAGAGUGUACAAAGGGGGCGCUCAAGUUAGACCAAAAGUACUACCUGGUCAACGAAGCGUACGACGUGGCAAGGAGUCUCUUCCUGAAAGGCCGCGUGAGCUACGACCAGCUCAAGAACACGUCCCUGCACGUCGUGGACACGUUCCUCGACCUGGUGCACAUCAUGAACACGGAGAUGGCCAAGACGUUGCGCGGCGCGGUCAUCAAGUUCUAUAAGAUCAAAUAUUUUCAUGAUUUCACUAAUUAUGUGAUUACUUUGCAAGAGAUGAUAGACAUAACGGAGCACUGCCUGGCGGACCCGGCGGAGCGGGUGGCGCGGCUGCGCAGCGACUUCCGCUUCCUGGUGCACAACUUCCAGGACGUGCGGCACUUCCGCACCGUGGACACGUGCCGCCUCCAGUUGCCAGAUGAGGUCGCCGCCGCGCACUGCAUCCUGCACCAGGCGGUCCUCUUCAACGAAACAAUGCAAGAGAGCCUGCUUUCGAUAGUGGAGAUCAAGACGCUCCAGCACGCUCGGAAGAUGAACUCGUCGCUGUACGAAGUGCAGCGUUGCCUCAACUCCUUUGUGCCAAACUUCUUCGAACAACUGCUUGUGGACGCGUACACGGAUAAAUGCCGAUUUCUGAAAGUUGUAAAUGCAUCCACUGCCGAUCUAAUAAACGACAAAUGGCGUAGCAAUAAGGAUAUAUUAUUUUCUAAGAAAUGGACCCCUUUGGUUGAACUCUUAAAACAAAGAUCCACGACGUCGCAAUCCUUGUUAUUAACGUUGCUGUCAGCGAAUUUAACAUCUAACGAUAUUAUAAACACAUUAUACCAAUGA